GGAGCAGAUAUCCGAGGAAGAUUCACUAAAACGGAGGAUUGUCUCACGGAGUUCGGCAGGGCCUUUUGUCUGCCGCACUCACACUCAUUGAUCAUUGGAGCUCACCAGAGAUCGACUGAAAUUUCAGUAUAAAUAAAUGAGGAAAUUUUUACGUCACAAACGGGCUUUUCAGUGCUUUACGACACCUCGCGACAUUUGUGGAAGUUUCAUUCCGCGAUCCAAUCCAAAAGAGGCUGCGCAGGAGCUCCACCAGUCAGAGGCCGGAGUGGGUGCUGUGGCUCUGCCGCCUGCGCGCCGCCGCCGCUCAUUGAGCGCGGCCGGGCACGCUCCGCCCCGCCGCCGCCGCCGCUCUCAGCUGGAUGUGACAGAGGCGCGGUCACGGCAGCGACUCACACCCGAACCGAGCCGAACCGACCCGGGAGCAGCAGCACCGCUUCGGUGUCUCACAUCUGCAGGUGCUCCUCGGAAGUUCUUCUUCACCUCUUCGCUCCGGGUUCGUUUGUUCGUGAUGGAGGACUCGGAGGCGGAGCUGGUGGUGUCGGAGCCUGACGCCCUAGGUGCUGACUUCAUUACGGUGGAGUUGGACACGCAGCCCAUUGAGUACGUAGUGAAGUGGGCAGAGGUUGGCUCCAAGUUCACCAUUUCCUGCGUGAAGAAGGACUCGGACGACCCAUCGGACCUGACCGCCGACCAGCUGAAAAUCGAGACGGAUGAGGCGUUUUUCGCUCCGUAUGAGGAGGUGUACCCUUGUGAGGUGACGGAGCAGAGCGUGGAAAUAAAGACGGACUCUGACGAAGAGGACGACGGCGUGGAGGAGCACGAGGUGCUGGUGGAGGCGGGCAGCAGCCAGUUGGACGGGGAGGCCGAUUCGGACCAGGACAACUAUGAGCCUGAUGAACGGCAGUUCCGCUGCAGCUACUGCGGGAAGUGCUACAGUCAUGCCUCCAGCCUGUAUCGCCACCAGCAGACGCACACGGGCAAGAGCUCGGGAGCCACACCGCUUGCCAAGCGAGCACUGGAGCCGACGCACCAGGACGCACGCUACACCUGCCCCCACUGCGGCAUGAGCUUCAAAGGAAGCAGGAUGCUGGGCAGCCACCUGCGGCUGCACGGGAAGCGGAGGAUCCACCCCUGCAACAUCUGUGGAAAGGAGUUCAACCACAGUUCCAGCCUGUCCCGCCACCGUCUCAUCCACAAGAAGGGCAAGGGCAUCCCCAAGGACGCCGCCAUUGGCACAAAUGUGGCAGCCCUGCGCCACUCGCUGAAGGCCGGUGCCAAGAACCGGAAGACCAAGCGGCAGCAGCACGUUGCGACUGCCGUCAUCCAGGGUGGAGAUAAGUUCUAUGCCUGCCCGCAGUGUGACAUGACGUUCCGGACGUCCACGCAGCUGUCGAAGCAUCAGGUGACGCACGUGAAGGAGCUGCUGGACAACUACACGCCGGGCAAGGAGAACCUCGUCGAGACCUCGUCCGACCUUAAGAUCCGCCUCAAGCUCUGCUCCCGCGACAAACCUAACUUCUACACACUGUGCAAGAAGAACCGCCGCCGCCGGGCCGGACGGGCCGCCAAGCGGGGCCAGACCUCUUCCGAGGAUGAGGACGCCCCAGGUGGAGGGCGCCAUGGCUGUGGCCAGUGCGGGAAGCAGUUCAGCCAUGCCUCCAGCCUGGCACGACACCAACUGACCCACCGGGCGGCUGACGGCGACGGGCGCGGGAAGCUGCAGCAGCACCCGAAGACCGGGCACUCUGCCAAGAACAAGACGUACACGUGCGCAGCGUGCAACAAGACCUUCAUGCACUCAUCCAGCUUCUCGCGCCACAAGAAGGCCCACAUGGAGGAAGAGCAGCGUGCCCGUGCUGCCGCUGCCAAGCGCCGGAAGAGGCCCGUGCUGGAUGAGACGGCGCCGCUCGAGUCUGACUCAGAGUGAAGGUGCCGGUCCGGGACCAGUUCUGGAAGGUUCUGAUUGGAAGCGUUCUGGACCAGUUCUCCUCCAGUUCUGGACCCGUUGGGACAGAUUCUGGUUGUCCAGGUUUCACGAACUGUUGGUUCUUCUCUGGUGUAGAUAGCAGCAGGAUAUCCACUCGUGGCCGCACGGCGGGAGGCCCUCCGCCGGCACACACAUCCAUAUAUGGUCAAAACUGACCGUUGGCUAAACGCUCUUACAAAUGGAUUAGAUUUACCUGCCCCGCCCCCUGCACCUAUCUGUCCGCAGUCAAGCAGACUCUUCAUUCUGCCUUCUCCACAGUCCUGUUUCCCAUAAGCCACCUGGAGCAGAGAGGCUAGAGUAAUGCAGAGCAGCAUGUGAAACGGAGUCCUGACAUCAUCAUACCUGCAGGUUCAAUUUCCAAACUUUUAGUGAUCAAUCAUUCCGAUCGAUCAGAGCCGAUCGGUUGUUUUGAUCGUUCAUCAGACUGUAUUCACCACCUUUGAUCUCCACACACAGCCAACAAACAGAUUAUUGAUCAGUGAAGGUGAUUGGUGCGAUCAGAAGUUUUCUAAAUUGGUCUUAAGCCGAUAAAACCGAUUGAAUAAUCAAUGAUUAUUUUUCUCUUCCGAUCAUAAUAUUGGAGCUUGGCUCAAUCACUAAUAGACUCCUCGCUCACUUCCUGCGUCUCCUCUGGCUCUGAUGCGUUUUCUGCCUCUGUUCAUCUCUAUCGUUGUUCUCUUCCUGUCAGACAGCUCCACCCACUCCCCUUUAAGUGACUGACCUGAUUGGCUGAAGUUCUUCCUAGCGCUGCAUUCUGAUUGGUCUGCUGCGUUUCACCUUCCACUUUUUUUUUUUUUUUUUUUUUUUUUUUAAAACACGUUAGCAUGUGACCUCCAUGACUGGUCAGUCAUGUUUGCUGAUGUCAGAGGUCGAGGUCAAACUGUUCUACUUAUUUGUGAAUUUGAUGUAAUAUAGAACCAAAUAUUUAAACUUUACAACAAACAAUUUAAAGUAACACUGCCCAUCGCUAUCCUGUAGCUUCAUCUUUGUCAUCAACAGCAGGAAAUGGUUUUCAAAGUAAAAGUCUCCAAAUCAGUUUGGUUUGUUCCUGACUUCCACCCAAUCAGCUGAUUUCAGGAAGUCGGUGACACAUAAACGCAGAUGGUGAUCCUCCAAGACGCUUCAAGUAAAAUCAGACCUGCGCACUCAGACGGACCUGUCCAAAUUCCCGAACCGAACUCACAGAUUCAGAGCAGCUGAUUGGACGCAGAGAAACGAUUGUUAACCGUGAGCAGACGUCAAAGAUCAGAUCUCAGGUUUCAGCUCUGCCCAGAGCGCCUGAAUAUCGGAACCACGUCUGAACACGUGCUCAGAGCAGGUCACCUGAACUCUGAAACUGAUGGUCAGGUGACCUCUGCGAGCUGAUCUCAGGUAUGCGGAGGCAAAAUCCAAAAACUAAAAUUCAAAUGUGGAAGAAUAACGAAGGAAUGUGAAGGUUGAGAGUUUUUGUCGGUCGGCGCUCGAACUGAUCCAUCUGAUCAGUCUUUGAUCUGCUCAGAGUAUCUGAAACAACCAUCUGCUUUAGUGUCACGGACGGUCUGAAGCUGCUGCUCAAAUGUGGUUCGCUCAGCCAGGAACACCUGGAACACCUGGAGGAGAGUCCCUGUGACCAAUCGGAGGAGACAUCCAGUUGGGCUGGUUCGUAUUUCUGAUGUUGGACUCGAGUGAACGUCUUAUCGAUGUGGUUCAUUGUUCAGAUCAGUCCGAGCUGAGGUGGACUGAUGAGAGCAAUCGGUCUGAUCGGAAGUAGAUGGAUUGGUCUGAUUAGGAACAGGAAAAAAAGUUUGAGUGUAAAAAUUCCCAGACUGAUUGGUUAAUCUGACACUUGGUGAGCAGUGGGACUGAUCGGACUGAUCGAUCUAAGAUGUUUAAAAAAAAAUCCUGCAGAUGUUUGUUGAAAUCAUCGGGAUUCUGAUGGACUCUCCAAAAUAAAAGCCUGUGGAGUGCGCCUGAACCCCCCCCGCUCCCCGCCCCCUGCUCUCACACACACACACACACACACACACACAUUCUGUUUCCUGCUUAUUGACACUUUGAGACUUUUACUGUGUGAAUCGAUUGGAUUUAAUUUAAUUCUGAUCUAUUUAUGAGUGUGUGCAGGCGGCGGUGGCGUUCUGUACAAAACAAGGCUCCUCCCGCGCCUCCAUGUUCUGGUUUGUUUCGGGCCUUGAAGCCGCCGUUCUCCUCUGUCCACGGCGCUCUUAGAUCCAUGUUGUGUUGGUUUGUUGGGUUUGCAGCGCCGACUGCUGAUAGGUCGUUCAUUGUGUCGUGUUUGCUGAUAGAAUAAACCAGUUGACAUGUU